AUGGCAACUUUUAAAAGCCAUGCAACUUUCUUUUUCUUCUUCUCUAUUGUAGCCUUCUCUUGUGCUGCUUUAGAACCAAACAAACUUACUAAAAACACUGCUAUUUACUUCCCAAUUCGAAAGAACCAAACUAGCCUCCAGUAUUACACCACCAUUAAUAUGGGCAACCAAACAAAAGUAAAUGUUGAUGCACUACUUGAUCUAGGAGCACAAUCUGUUUGGAUUGAUUGUAGGUCAUAUCUAUCAACUUCUUAUAAAAGAGCGCCGUGUGGUUCAAACGAAUGUAAGAAAGCCAUGGGGUCUGUUUGUUUAGACUGCAACUCAACACCUAGACCUGGUUGCUCCAACGACGCGUGUGGUGUCUACGCUUUUAACCCUUAUAGCGAAUACUUGAUAGCUCAAGAGCUCGGCGAGGAUACCAUCAGGGCAUCGUCGACAGAUGGUCGCCAUGUUUUGGCAGAAUAUGAUGUACCUAAAUUCCAAUUCUCUUGUGCAGAUGCAGACAUUAUACAAGGGUUACCUGGUGACCAUACUAAAGGGUUGGUUGGCCUUGCAAGAACCCAAGUUUCAUUGGCUUCACAAAUUUCAUCUUCAUUCAACUUGCCUCCAAAGUUUGUUCUUUGUAUACCAUCAUCAUCCGAAUCCAUAGGGGACAUGUAUAUUGGUGGCGGCCCAUAUUACAUGCCACCUACUAUCGGAGAAAAAUCUUUGUCCUUUGCAAGGACUCCACUCGUUGUCAAUCCUAUCAGUACUGCCCCGGUUUCUUCAGAAGGAUCUCCCUCAGAUGAAUAUUUCAUUAGUGUCAAGCACAUUGAAAUAAACGGUAAACAAGUAUCUUUUAACCCAUCAUUGCUAUCGUUUGACAAGAAUGGAGUUGGGGGGACAAAGAUUAGUACUAUAGCACCUUAUACCAUUUUGCAUGCAUCCAUUUAUGAACCUCUUGUCAAAGAUUUUGUUAAGGAAGCUACACUAAAGACGAUCAAAAGGGUAACAUCCGUCACACCAUUUGGGGCAUGCUUUGAUUCAAAAACUAUUUCAAAGUCGAUAACUGGACCAGCGGUCCCGGAUAUUGAUCUAGUUUUGGAAGGCAAUACAAUAUCCGAAAAAUUUACAUUGUCUGGUUCAAACUUAAUGGUGGAAGCUAAGAAGAAUGUUAUGUGCCUUGCAAUUGUUGAUGGGGGAUCCGAGCCAAGAACAUCUAUUGUGUUGGGUGGGCAUCAACUUGAGAAUCGUUUUUUGGAGUUCGAUCUAAGUACAUCAAUUCUAGGGUUCACUCCCUCUCUUUUGCUCUCAAAACAAAUUUGCUCACACUCCAGGCUAAUUUAAAAUUCCCCAGUGCUUUUGUAAUCUAUCUAAAGUUUGGUAUUAAACUAUUAAGACCAACCGCGAAUAAUACUCUUUGUUGGUUUCUGUCAAAG